ACGGCGAGUCGCACGACAGUCGGGUAUAGCGCGCCAACGCGGGAAAAAUCACAAUUUUCCUCUCUUGUUUCAGCCGGCCAGUGUUUGUUAGGCCAUCGAGUGCGAAUGUUCACUCAAUAACUUAAAAUGUUAGCGUAUAUGUUCAUAGCCUUAUUGCCAGUUGUGUACUCGCGACUUAUUUACAAUGAUGUACCAGGAGACUAUGGGUACGGUGGAGUUCACGACGGUGUGGAGCGCGCCAAAAACUUCGUCAAUGAGUGGAGUGUGGAAGUGCUUGGAGGGGAAGAAGUAGCACAGCUGGUCGCGUUAGAGCUCGGAUAUAUUUAUGGUGGCCCGAUUCGCGGAUUCCCCGACACAUAUGUUUUCUCUAAAUAUCAGCAUGGCAAGCAGCGGCGGGCGCCCAGCCGCUACACAACGACUCUAGUCAACGAUCGCAGGGUAAGAUGGGCAGAACAGCUGUUCGCCAAAUCUAGGGUAAAACGGUACAUAACUCCAGAACCUGAUCAACCUCUGCACAGAGUCAAAAGAUUAGAGGUGAAUGACACGAAGAUAGAGAAGAGAGCGACUGAAAUGGACGAAAAACGGUUAUUCAAUGACGAACUGUGGGGCAACCAGUGGUACUUGCAAGAUACACGUACUAUUCACUAUCUACCCCGAUUGGAUUUAAACGUGCUGCCCGUAUAUAAAAUGGGUUACAAUGGCAAAGGAGUUCGUGUCUCCGUACUCGAUGACGGCAUCGAGCAUACGCACACCGACCUCCGCGAUAACUACGACCCUGAAAUAAGUUGGGACAGCAAUGAUGGAGAUUCAGAUCCUACGCCCAGAUACGAAGAGAAAAUGAAAAAUUCACAUGGAACUCGAUGUGCCGGUGAAAUUGCGAUGACUGCCAACAACUAUAAAUGCGGAGUGGGCGUGGCUUGGGGAGCCAAGGUGGGCGGAGUACGUAUGCUCGACGGACGAAUCACGGAUAUGAUUGAAGGCGAAGCUAUAGGAUACGCUGUGGACAAGGUGGACAUCUACAGCGCUUCAUGGGGCCCUAAUGACGACGGGCGCACUGUCGAAGGACCAGGCCGUUUGGCCAUACGGGCGUUCAAACACGGCAUUAAACACGGACGCGGUGGAAAAGGCUCAAUAUAUGUUUGGGCGAACGGAAACGGAGGCGGCUAUAGCGACAACUGCAACUGUGAUGGGUACUCGUCAAGUAUCUACACAAUUUCGAUAGGCAGUGCCUCCCAGCACGGUCUGUUUCCUUGGUACGGAGAAAUCUGUUCGUCAACGCUUGCCACGGCUUACUCAUCUGGCGCUUACAAAGAUCAAAAAAUUGCAACCACAGACACGAGUGACAAAUGUACGCUAAACCACACAGGCACAUCUGCAGCCGCGCCCCUCGCAGCUGGCAUCAUCGCUCUCGCUCUACAAGCGAACCCAAAUCUAACAUGGCGUGAUGUUCAGCAUUUGAUUGUUUGGACGUCGGAAUAUGCGCCACUAUCAGCUAAUCCAGGAUGGCAGUCCAACGGAGUCGGGUUACGUUUCGAUAUACGGUUUGGUUUUGGUCUCAUGAAUGCAGGCGGCCUCGUUACAGCAGCAUUGAACUGGACGACCGUGCCCGAGAAAUCGAUUUGUCGUAUGACAACUUCGCCAAUUGAUGGCGAGGGCCGCAUAUCGUCCAAAGAAAGCGUCACUGUGUUAAUAAAAUUAGAAGAGUGUGUUGUGAAUUACGCUGAACACAUUGAACUCGUUACUAACAUCGAAUACAGCCGACGCGGAGCUCUGCAAAUUUACCUGACGUCACCUCAAGGUACAAGGGUACAACUGCUGAGUCCUCGGGUGUUGGACAUAUCGAAAUCUGGUUUUGUGAACUGGCCUCUCAUGUCCGUUGCAACCUGGGGAGAAAAUCCAAAUGGUCUUUGGGAAGUGACGAUUGAAGACAAGACUGGCGAAAACAACUUUGGUGAAAUCGGAUCGUUUACGCUGGUAAUACACGGGACGCAUAAAAUGCCGGAGCAUAUGAGACAGCAAAGGGUCUACAACUAUAGCUAUAAUUACCGGGAGGUGUUCGACUACUUUGACAGUAUGAUGGGCAAGGUCGCGGCCAACUCGGUCGCCGACAUUGUAGCCCCUAUACCAGAGUCGCAUAACUACGGGGAAGUAGAUGUCAACGAGAUUGAUCCGGCAGUGCUGGCGCAAGUCGAAAAGGAAUUACAAAGAAUUCAUCACAGGAAAACAUACACUACGACUUUAACAUCGUAAAUUAAUACUUAGUAUUAAGAAAAUAUGCGCUUGCAAUGAUCUCUUUAUUCGUAGAUUAUUUAUUAUUGUACAAAGUUGUUAAGAAAAUAUUGGUGUAAUCUAUGCUACAUAUCAAUAUAAAUACAGAAAUAAG